AUGACAGACAUUUCUCUCUGCCUCGUCAUCCUCCUCACCUUCCUCACCCUCAAAGCUGAAUCCACCCUCACAUUAAGCUUAUACAGAUGCUCGAACUCGAGCUACCCGAACACAACGUUGACAUCUUACAAGGCAGACCUUGACCUCAUCCUCAACUCCCUCUCCUCCAACUCGAGAGUCCCGUUGGGGUACUACAACACGAGUUCUAAUGCUGUCUAUGGGAGUUUCCUAUGCAGGGGAGACCUUAGCCCCGGCGAGUGCGAGGACUGUGCUAAGAAUGCAACUAAGACGAUCGUUAGACUUUGCCCCAGGUCAGAAUGGGCAUUUCUGUGGUUCGAUCAGUGCAUGGUUCGUUACUCCAAUCGCAACUUCUUCUCCUCCAUGGAGACAGACCCUCAUUUGGAUGGGUACAAUGGCGAGUCUACGGCCGAGCCCAAGCAGUUCAUGGCUGUGUUAGAGAAAACAAUGGGGGAGCUUGCGAACAAAUUGGCGGCUAAGUAUUUGAGAGUUGAGAAGAAGUAUGCAACGAAGGAGGUGAAGAUUAAUGCGAAGGAAACUCUUCAGACUAUGGCCCAGUGCACGCCCGACAUAAACGUGACUGGGUGUGUCAAGAAACAAAAUUGAGCAGAAGAACUUGUCUUUCUCAUUCAUCUUCAUCGGUAUGUAUACAAUCCGAUUUGUUCAAUAAAAGGAAAAGAGUAUCUAUGGCUAAAACAGAUUGCCCUAAGUUCGGUA